AUGAAACUAUUAAACGACUGGGAAAAAGAGGAGGUGAUACACAAAGAUAGGAUACUGAACUUUGAUUUCCUUGUUGAGCAGGACUUCAUUGAUGAAGUUGAGGACGGCUUCUAUUACCUUUCCAAGGACCUCAAGACUGUUGAGACUGAGCUAUGGAAAAAAGCCAAUCACGAGCUGGCUGACUGUUUGGACAUAAAGAACAUAGAUAAAGAAAUUAAGAGAUUCAUACUUCUUCUGAACAGUUAUAAUGAGAUAAAGGACAUCGGGCAGGAGCUUAUUGGUAGAAUAGCUAGUCUGAGACAAACAACAGCCAAGGAUAUUCACGAAGAGUUAGGAAUGGAUACAGAAUAG